GGUUUCAAAAUAUCCAAAAAUACUUGUAAUUUACAAAUCACUAUCGUCAAAUGACAGAAUCCGACUGUAAAAAUAUAAUCAAAGUUGAAGAAGAAAUCGAAGGAGAACAGGCUCAGUCCAAAAACUAUCGUUUUUCCAAAAUCGGCGAUGGAAUUUCUAUCGAUUCCGAUGCCGAUUUCAAAUUCGACAUCGAAAGCCUUCCGUCUUGCCCGUUGGCGGUUUCGGAACGAUUCGGAGUCAUCUUUGUUGCUCAUUCAUCUGGGUUUUGUGUUGCUAGGAUUAAAGAUGUUAUGGAAGAGUUGAAAAAGGGUGGUACCACUUCUUGUAUUCAGGCGCUGAGUGUCGUGGACGUUUCUCUUGGAAAGGUUUCCUUGUUGGCGUUAUCUGCGGAUUCUUCUAUGCUUGCUGCAUGUGUUGGCUUAAAUCUUUAUUUUUUCACUGUUGGUGGUCUUCUUAAUAAGGAUUGUGAACCGUCUUUCUCCAAAUCACUCAAUGGCUCAAGUACCAUCAAGGACAUGCAGUGGAGUCCACACUUGGUGGACCAGUAUGUUGUUUUUACAAGGGAUGGCAGUUUACACCAUGGAGCUGGCCAAGAUGAUCUUAGUAAUCUUAUGAACAUGGUUGAUGCUGUUUGCUGGAGCAUGAAUGGGAAAUUUCUUGCUGUUGCAAAAAAUGGCCAUCUAAGCAUUCUAUCAUCAAAAUUUGAAGAAAAGUUGCGGAUAAAGUUGCUGUUCGAUUCGUUGAUUGAUGAUGAUCCAGAUUGUGCUGUAAAAGUGGAUUCCGUCAGGUGGGUUCGCCCAGAUUGCAUUAUGCUGGGAUACUAUUGUCUGACUGCCGAUGGGAAGGAGGAGAAUUACCUACUUCAGCUCAUCAGUGUCAAAGACGGAAAAAUCACUAAGCCCUCUUCUAGUCCAGUGGCGGUGGCCUUUAGAGAUGUGUUCCUUGCUAUAAAUGAUGACGAUGUUCCAUCAGGAAGUGGACCCUAUACGUUCGUGAGUUACUUGAAAGAAUUUGAGGUUGCGUUUGUUGCUAAUAAGAAGAACACCAGUCAACACAUUGUGUUAUUUGCUUGGUUGCCAGAUAAGGAGAAUGGAGUUGAAGCGAUAGAUUUUGAAAUUGAUACGUGGUACCCGACUAUUAAUCUACAAGAUAACAGUGAUGAGAAUCUGAUCCUGGGGCUUGCCGUUAAUAAAGCUUACAAGGAUGAGACAGUUAAGCUAGUUUGUGGGGACAUAGAUACUGAAGUUUCUUCUUGCUGUAUUCUUCUCUGCCUCACUGUUGAUGGGAAACUUUUUAUGUUCCAUUUUGCUAGUGCCACAGGUCCUUCAGUUUUGCCAGAGGAUUUAGAUUCGGUAUCUGAUGAAGAAGACUCACCUUCCCUGACGUCGAAGCAUCCGGUGAUGAAUAUUGUGAAUGAUAAGAAGCAAAAUGGGGAUCAGGAUCUUCAUGCAUUACAAACUCAGAAAGUCCAUGGCAUUGAACCGUUUGAGAAAGUAUUUUCACCACUAUCUAAAGUUGGUACACAGCCAGAUGUUCCUGUUCUAAAUCCAAUAGAUAGUAGAGAUGAAGGGAAGGCAUCUUUUAAAGCAUUCGAGCCUGUAUUUCCUGUAAAUCAAGUAGGAGCUGCAGUUAAACCCAGUUCUGAUGCUGUAUCAAAAUCUGCGAGUGAUAAAUCAAACAAAUUACUUUCUGGAGUUUCUACAGAGUUAUCAGGUAAUAAAUCAUCAUUUGGUUUGCAUGGUUUAUCUGGAAGCCUCUCAAGCAGUGGAUCAACCUUUUCUACAAAUGUUUUCGGGGCACAAUCGUCCUCUUCAUUAGGAUCAUUUUCUAGUGGAGGCAUAUUUUCCUCUAAUACUUUUGACGUGAAGCCUUUACAAUCACCUAAUGCUGCUGUUCAAGAAAAUCGACCGGAUAGCAGUGUGGGUACCACCCAUAUCUCUUCUGGUCUUCAGAAGUUUUCCUUUCCCAAAAUGAGUUCUGGUUCACCAACCUUGAGCAAAUUGAUUCCCCAGGAAGCUUCAACAGGAGUCGCUGUUACGAAAUCAUUGGCUGUUUCUAACUCACAAGCGAGUGUGGGAAAAUAUUCUGAUAUCAAGUUUUCUAACAAGAGAGAUCCUAGAAGUCAAACCCCAUCAAGGCCUUUUAAUUUAGAGAGAAAUCUAUCUGAACAACGCAGUGUCGAAGAGAUGGCGAAAGAACUAGAUGCUCUGUUAUAUUCUAUCGAAGAACCAGGUGGUUUCUAUGAUUCAUCUGUUGCUGCCCACAAACCAUUUGUUGCAGAACUAGAAGAAGGCAUCUGGCUACUUUCAGAUAGAUGCCAAAAGUGGACAGACUCAAUGAACCGAGGGAUUGAAGAGGUUCAACUUCUUCUUGACAAGACAGUUCAAGUGCUGACGAGGAAAAUAUAUAUGGAAGCAAUUGUGAAGCAGGCUACAGAUAGUCAAUAUUUGGAUAUCUGGAAUCGUCAGAAGCUGAGCUCUGAACUGGAUAUGAAGCGUAGACAUAUAUUGGAGAUAAAUCAGAAUUUGACCAACCAGCUAAUAGAACUUGAAAGGCAUCUAAACACCCUUGAUCUUCAAAGAUUUGGUGAUAAAGGUGAUGUCCACACGCAUCGCAAAUCUUUCUCUAGUAAACAUGGCCCAUCAAGGCACAUUCAGUCCCUGCAUAGCCUACACAACACAAUGAACGCACAAUUAACAGCUGCUGAGAAACUUUCUGAAUGUCUUUAUAAGCAAAUGGCCGUGCUUAGUAUAGAGACAGAACCUGUGAAGAAACAAAAUAUCAAAAAGGAGUUGUUUGACACAAUUGGAAUCUCUUAUGAUGAUACCACUUUCAGCUCUCCGGGUCAAGAAAAAGCACCUAAAAGUAGCCUUUCAAUAUCUUCCAGUGCAGCUGCUGCUAACACACGUCUGAAUAAAAGUCCACAAGGUGCUGUAAAGAGUUUUGAACCAGAAACUGCAAGAAGGCGCAGGGACUCACUUGAUAAGAACUGGGCUACCAAUGUGCCUCCAAAAACAACUGUAAAAAGGAUGUUUUUGAAAGAGGACCAUCAGCCGAGUCCAGCCAGAUUAUCUGUACCGUUCACAGUACACCAAAGUAAGCAGAAAGUUGGUCAUCGGUUGUUUGAGCGUCCAGGGGUUUCUCAUGAUAUUCCACAAAUUACUUCAAAUAUGUCUCAAAUCAGAGGCAGCCAAGAUCUACAGCUAAAACAACAUUCUGAGGGACAGUCAAGUUCACUCUGGGGUGGUAACCGUUCAGAUUCAUUUGGCUCUGGUUCCCAGUCAAUGCCAACUGUAACUCAAGAUGCUGCAAGAGACUACCACGAUUCAACUGCUGAAAAACCAAGAAACCGCUUUACAUUCACCUUAAAGCCUGAGCCUGUGGUAGUUAAUGACUCAAAAUCUGAUAAACAAUCCCAAGAUCUUCGGGAACCUUCAUCAAACAUUACAACAAAUAUAUUCCAGAAGAAACCGAUCGAAUAUUUAGAAUCCAGUGGUAAAAAGGCUGAUGGAAAUCAAAGGCCUACCAUGACUGAAAGCUCCUCAAUUUGGUCCAAGAAGAGUAUAGAAUCUCCAUUUUCCGCAGUGUCAAGUGCUACUUCAUCUACUGCCUUUUCAGGAAAAAGCUUCUCUUUGGAAGCUUCUACAAGAGAAAGUCAGUCUUCUUCUGCAUCAUUCACUGUUCCUGUUACUAAAACAACUUCACCCUUCAUGUUUAAAGACGCUGUCUCAUCUUCGGAAUCUGAUAUGUCACUGGGCAAGUCCUCCACCGGUUUUGGGUUUAACUUGGGUACUACUAAGAAUGCUCCAAUAUCUGGACCUUCACCUUCUUCUUCCUCAUUCUCAUCUACCACCUCUCUAAUUAAACCCACAUUGAACAUAGAUUUAAACACUUCCAAAACUGAGCUGUCUAUCUUGAAACCCGAUACAAGUGAAAGUAAUAAAUCUGAUGUAGUUUCAGCUCCCAAGUUUGAUUUGAAGGCUAAUGAGAAGUCUACUGGUCAAGUUUCACCUCCUAUGCCCGUGGUCUCAGUAUCAUCUGGACCUUCGAGUCAGCCGUCAACAAGUUCUUUUUCUGGAAAUCAAGUUAACUUAACCUCUACAAGUAGUCCUGCAUUAUUAUCAAGUUCUAAACGAGAAGAACCAUCGGUCUCACUUUCUGUAUCCUCACCAUCUAUCUCAAGUCCAUUGGAUGGGGUUGGGGGACAGAUUAAUGGUUCUGAUCUUGUGGUCACCCAGGAAGAUGAGAUGGAUGAAGAAGCUCCCGAGACUGCUCAACUUACCUUGGGGAACUUUGGUGGGUUUGGGCUUGGGUCAAGCAAUGCAUCUGCACCCAAGCAGAAUCCGUUUGGGGCACCAUUUGGCGACUUACCAACAAGUACACCAAAUACGCCAAUAACUUCUUUUAGUGCUUCUCCACCAACUGUUGGUCUUUUUAGACCGGCAUCCUUUACUGUUGAAUCUCAGCAACCUUCUCAGCCACCUCAGCAGACAAGUUUUGGCGCUUUUGCUGGUGGUUUUGGGAGCAACAACAAUCAGAGUAGUGGUGGACAAGGGUUUGGACAGCCAGCUCGGAUUGGAUCGGGCCAACAGGCUCUAGGGUCGGUCCUUGGCUCUUUUGGACAGUCAAGACAGUUUGGUGCUGGUCUACCUGGAAGUGUUGCUUCUCCAAGUCCAUUUGGCAGUGCUUUUGGUGGCAAUCAAACCUCUAGUGGUUUUGCCACGGCUGCUUCUGGUGGUAGUGGGUUUGCUAAUCUGGCCUCAGGAGGUGGAGGCUUUGGUGGUUUAGCUGCAGGUGGUGGAGGUGGUUUUGCUGCUGCAGCCACAGGCGGAGGUGGUUUUGCUAGUGCAGCUACAGGUGGGGGUGGUUUCGCUAGUGCAGCCACAGGUAGUGGUGGUUUUGCUGCUGCAGCAGCUACAGGUACUGGUGGAUUUGGUAAUAUUCAGGCAGUUGGUGGGUUCGGUGCUGCUCCGGCCGCUGGUGGUGGAUUUGGUGCUGCUCCGGCCGCUGGUGGUGGAUUUGGUGCUGCUCCGGCCGCUGGUGGUGGAUUUGGUGCUGCUCCGGCUGCUGGUGGUGGAUUUGGUGCUGCUCCGGCCGCUGGUGGUGGAUUUGGUGCUGCUCCGGCCGCUGGUGGUGGAUUUGGUGCUGCUCCGGUUGUUGGUGGUGGAUUUGCUGGAGCUGCUUCUGGGGGGUUUGGAGGUUUUAGCAGUCAAGGAGGAAGUGGGUUCUCGACAUUUGGUAGCAGUGGAGGAACAGUAAGGCCUUCAUCCGAGCUUUUCACACAGAUGAGAAAAUAGUUUACUGGAAAAAAGCAGCCUUGGAUUUGAUUUUGAGCUUGUGGAGUAAAUAUGAUUGGGUUACAUGUUUUAAAUGUGCAAGUACCCCAGAAUUUAAUUCAUUUCCUAUGACAAUUUAUCCAACCUGCCGUUGAUGAAAUAUCUAGAGUUGCUUGAAACUAAUUUUGUAGUUAUCAAAUGCUAUACGAAAAUCAUUUAUUAACCUUUGUGAUGUUUAGUUAAAGAAAAUUAAUCAUAUAUUUGGAUAUGUUUAUCAGAA